GAUACGGACUAUUCUUAUAGUGACAUUUAGAUCAAUUAUUUGUUUCAGGUUGAUUGAAGAUAUGGGAUUGCCAAGAUUCUCAUCGACUGAAUGUGAAAAUGCUUUCUCAAUUGAGUAUACUUCUUGGCUGAUGGAGCAUCCUUCUGCAUUGGAUAAAUUUGAAGAAAUGACGAGCAUAGCUAAAGGGAGAAAAAUAGUAAUUUUCCUGGAUUAUGAUGGCACCUUGUCUGAUAUUGUGCCCAACCCUGAAGAAGCUUUUAUGACUGAGAAGAUGAGAAUGGUGCUACGUGAAGUUGCUAAUCGCUUUCCUACAGCAAUCAUUAGUGGACGAAAACGAGAAAGGGUACAAGAUUUUGUACAACUGAAAAAUGUGUAUUAUGCUGGAAGUCAUGGGCUAGAUAUUGAAGCUCCCUUGGAUUCAACAAAUUUUAAUGAAAUGGAUAAUAAGGUUGUUCUCUACCAACCGGCAAAAGAAUUCUUGCCUGAAAAACGUAAGGUUCUUAAUAUCUUGAGUGAGAGAACCAAAGGUAUUAAAGGCGUAAAUAUUGAAGACAACAAAUUCUGCAUUUCUGUACACUUUAGGCAUGUUCACACAAAGGACCUGGGCACACUUUGGAAUGUCAUUGCAGUUGUGUUAGAAGAAUACCAAAACUUUCGUGUAUCAACUGGAAAGAAGGUGUUUGAGAUUCGACCAGAUAUUAUGUGGAACAAAGGUCACGCAUUGGAGUAUUUCUUAGAAAUUCUUGGUUUUGGAAAUUCAGAUGAUGUCCUCCCAAUAUAUAUUGGGGAUGAUCGAACUGAUGAAGACGCUUUCAGGGUAUUAAGGAAAAGAGGACAAGGUUUUUCAAUAAUUGUUUCUGCUGCUCCAAAAGACACCAAGGCUUUAUACUCUUUACGUGAACCAAAGGAAGUUAUGGAGUUUUUGUUAGGUCUAGUGAUUUGGAGCAAUAGUACUACUUCGUAGAUUUAAGUUAUUUACAUGUCUUGAACAUAAUAGUUAAGUGAUCAAGAGGUCAUAAUUCGAACAGAGUUCUCUAUAAGUCUUUUUUGCUAAAUGCUAUCAUGAAUGUGAUUUAUAUAAGUUGUGUUUGAUAAAUGUGUUUAAUAAGUUGCAUUUUUUAAAAGUGUUACGUUUGACCAAUGCAAUUAUAAGUCACGUUUGACCAAGGCA